AUGAUGCUUUUACAUGACUUCACUCCCCCUAGGGACUGCGUAGGCGCCUCCAUCGUCGGAAUCGUCACCCUCAGCGCGUACUUCAUUCAGCACCUCAUAGACGUCAGUUCUCGGCACUUUGCGGAGGCGCUCGACAUCCCCCUGUACAACACGAGCAUCUACUUCAGCAAGCUGUACAGCUCGCGCAGCCUGUCGACGGGGCUGGGUGCACUUUUCCACUACCUUAUCGCAGUCACACUCGGCGUAAACGUGAAGACCAGCAGCUUCAUCGCACUGCUCUUCCUGGUGUUCACGCGGAUGGUUUUAAUAAUGACCCUGAGUAGCACUUACAUCGUCUCGGUGGAAGUGUACAAAGUUUUAAACUUUGACGCCUUCGUUUUGGGCUUUUUCCAAAUGACCCAUUUCCGAACCAUCUGGAGAUACCUGUUCGUACGGUCGAUAUUUGUCGACUUAGGGCGCUUCGUGGUUUUCGUAAUUCAGGCCCUUUUGGAUUUGUGUCUAAAACACAGGCCUCUGGUGAUGAUAAGGGUCCAGUGCUGGAUUUCCUUCGUUAUCACGCUUAUCGCAGCUUGUUUGUGGUUUUUCUACAUUUACUACUUCAAAACAGCGUAUCCGGAGUCCAAGCCUAAGGAAUCAAUAAUCUCCAAGACAACUAAGGAGGACGUGUCGACGGAUCUGAACAAGUUCAAGUGCAAGUACUUUAAAAAGUACGAGUACAGGCGCCAUGCAGCUGUUGUUCCCAGGACCGGGUGCCGCUUCAAGGAGUACUCUAUCGGCAACGUCUCUGUGUUUCUGAUGUUCAUGACGGCUUCCUUGGUGAGGAACUUUCUGUUCCCCGGUGUGCUUCCCUACUCAGUGCUGAGCAGGGGCAAGUGCCACUCCGUCAACAUGGUGUUGCCGGUUGUUUCCAUAGUCCCCCCCUGCGUCCUGUUCGUCUUUUAUAGCGAAUGCACUGAUCUUUGCAAGAAGUCGUACUGGGUGAGGAAUCUGUUUUGGAUUUUCAUGAUUCCUCAACUCAUCAGUCUCAUUUACGCACUUUACACCGUUCACAGAAAAGUGCUCUUUAACACCGAGUUUUCGGGGUCUCACGUGACAGUCUUUCUAACGACCUCGUUGCUGAUGUUUUCUUAUGGCUUCAUAGAGUCCAUGGCCAUCAACCACUACCAAAUGGCCAUCAACCCCUCCGAGUCUCUGAUAACUUAUCAUUAUAUUGUAUCGACCUUCUACAGCUUCCUUUUUUCGAGGCUUUCGGUAGGCUAUAACUGCGCUAGGGUCGAGUACGACUACUGCCUCACCCCUUUCUAUCCUACUUAUAAGAAGGGAGCUGCGUCUAGCAUCACUUUCUGGAUUCGGGACGUCCUUAGGCGCGCCUAUAAUGACGUUGAAAAGAGGAAGUCGACUAAAAAUGACAGAGGAAGGUCAAGUAAAAAGGAAGGUGCGAUAAAGUGUCCUCAAAAACAAACACAAGGGCAUUAA